UUUAUUCAUUUGUCCGUGCAGACAUUCCUUCUCUUUGUUCCCCCAAUAAAAUUCUUUUCGUCCGUUCUUUUAAUUAAUUUGCAGUCCAUUAAAGACCCCGUCUUCCUCAGAGGCACAAAUUUUGGGGCGCCAUUAAAUUUCCGUACACAUCUUAUACGAAUACGUUCCGACAAUCAUUAAUCCAGGUUGCUCAGCUCGCCAGUAAUCAUCACCUGUAAUUGAUCUCGGUUUGACGAGCAGCCAGAUAGCUCUGUCCAAGAGUUUGAAUCUUGGAACGAGUUCUCAUUUGCGAUUAUCGUCGGGCGUGAGAACAUGGGGAAGGCCCCCACGAGGAAGAGGGCUCAGAUCGGAUCCAAACUCAACCCCGACGGGCACGCGAAGCCAGGCAAGGCCACGACAAAGGCAGCCUUCGACGAGGAUGCCAGCAUUUUCGCCGCCUUAUCCCAUGAGCUGAAAGAGGAGGGCAACAAACUAUUCCAGAGGCGAGACCACGAUGGCGCCCUGCUCAAGUACGAAAAGGCCCUCAAGCUUCUGUCCCCCAACCACGUGGACGUGGCCUACCUCCGUACAAACAUGGCUGCCUGCUACAUGCAAAUGGGCCUGGCCGAGUACCCACGGGCCGUGAGCGAGUGCAACCUGGCCCUUGAGAAGGCCCCGAAGUACAGCAAGGCCCUUAUGAGGCGGGCCCGCUGCUACUUGGCCCUGAACCAGCUCCAGCCGGCCUACAGGGAUGUCAACAGUGUGCUGGCCAUGGAGCCCAACAACAUGGUCGCCCUUGAGAUUGCCGAGCUCGUGAAGGAUGCCAUGGAGAAGAAUGGGGUCCGGGUCGAGGACAAGGAAAUCGACCCGCAAACGAAUCAAGUGGAGCCAAAUGCCUCCAUUCCUCUCAAGGUGGUCAAGGAGAAGGGGAAAAAGAGGAAAAACGUCAAGUCUGACCGGAAAAGUGUGGGGGAGCCUGAGGAGAAGAGCGUGGAUGUGGACGAGGUAAAGAAGGCAGUGGUGGCGGAGAAAAUAAGUGUGAAGGAGGAAAAACCUGUCUUGAAAUCGGUCAAGUUGGUCAACGGAGAGGACAUUAGGUCGGCCCAGAUCCCUGUGAACUGCAGCGUGAGACUCGUGAGGGACAUUGUGGUGGAUAGAUUCCCGGGCCUCAAGGGCGUGCUCGUCAAGUACAAGGAUCAAGAGGGAGAUCUGGUCACCAUCACCACCAAUAAUGAGCUUAGGGUAGCCGAGGGUUUGGCUGGCAAUAAUCAGGGCUUUCUGAGGCUCUACAUUGCGGAGGUCAGUCCCGAUAAAGAACCUCUCUAUGAGGGGACUGGGCUUGAGGAGAAACCUCGUGAAGAGAAUGGGAAUGUUAAUACGGAGAAAGGGUCGAGCUCAACCUGCGUCGAGGACUGGAUCGUCCAGUUCGCUAAAAUGUUCAAGAAUCAUGUCGGAUUUGAAUCCGAUUCCUACCUGGACCUUCACGAGAUUGGAAUGAAGUUAUACUCAGAGGCAAUGGAGGAGACUGUGACGAGCGAAGAUGCUCAGGAGCUGUUUGAUCUUGCGGCAGCCAGGUUCCAGGAAAUGACUGCUUUAGCCCUGUUCAACUGGGGGAAUGUCCACCUGUCCAAGGCGAGAAAACGGGCCGCUGUAUCGGAGGAUUCCUUCCCUGAGUCUGCAUUAGGUUUAGCGAAAGAUGCUUACAAAUGGGCCCAGGUGGAGUACAGUCACGCGGGCUCGAAGUACAAGGAGGCCCUUACAGUGAAGCCUGAUUUUUACGAGGGGCUACUCGCGCUCGGGCUUCAGCAGUUUGAGCAGGCGAAGCUUUCCUGGAGCUACAUGGUCGGGAGCAAAUCGGGGUUGGAAAUCGGGCCCUCUGCUCAGGUGCUGGAGCUGUACAACAAAGCUGAGGACAGCAUGGAGAAAGGGAUGCAAGUGUGGGAAGAGAUGGAGGAACAGCGUCUGAACGGGCUCUUGAAGCACGAGAAGGAGAGAGAGGAGCUGCGCAAAUUCGGGCUCGAUGGGCUGUUCAGGGAUGUGCCGGCUGAGCGGGCCGCGAGCAUGAGUUGUCAGAUUUACUUCCUUUGGGGCUCGAUUCUGUAUGAGAGGUCGGUCGUGGAGUACAAGUUGAGCCUGCCGAGCUGGGAGGAGUGUUUGGAGGUUGCGAUCGAGAAAUUCGAGCUUGCAGGGGCCUCGUCGACGGAUAUUGCUGUUAUGAUCAAGAACCAUUGCUCGAACGAGACUGCUUUAGAAGGGUUCAAAGUGGAUGAGAUAGUACAGGCGUGGAGCGAGAUGUAUGAUGCCGACAGGUGGCGAGCUGGUGUGUCAUCUUCCCGCCUCGAGCCGUUGUUCAGAAGGCGUUCCCCAAAACUUCAUUCUGUUUUGGAACGUCUAGCUCAGUAGUGGUGUGGUUUCGAAAAAGGGAGGCAAAAAGCAUCAGAAUUCUCUGGUGGUUAGUUUGCCUCCAGGCCAGAUUAUUUAAGGUUCUUAUUCUUUUUGUCAUUCGUUUCUGGUUUUGCUUGUGAAGCGAAGGAGUACACAUUUUCGCGUCCCGAUUGACUGUUGGAUUAGUUUCGCUUUUGUCAGUUAAAGUUAUUAAAGUUGAUUUGGUACUUCAUUCUUUAUUUUGGAAAUAUAGUGAUAUUGGACCUGAAGGGAUCAGGUCUCAUUGUUUUUUGGGUACACAGAUGUUGAGUGCAUAUACAGUUACAAUGGUUAUAGAAUUGGAGUUGUAAAGUGAUCUUUUGGAAGUGAUAGUGUGUGUUGUCUUACAGGGUUGUGAGGUUUUUUGUAUCUCGCUUGAUAUAUAUUCUUUUUUUAUUUUAUAUUUUUUUGUGGUUGGGGGGGUUGAAUUUACUGUUCUUUAUAGUAAAAAAGAAGUAUGAAUUUAUGACUUUGAUAUAUAUUCAUUGUUUGUUCUUGUUAUAUGAUAUAUCUGUAAAUUUCAGGUCCAUUGUUUUCUCACUUUCUGUGAGAAUAUAAUGGUGGGCAUGGUAACAGAUUCAUAAUUAGAGAAUCAUUCAAUAUUGAACUCAUAUAUUCUUGUAUUAGACUAUUAGUAGAUGAAAUAUGUGAUAUGCACCAGGAGUUAUAUA